CUUGUUGUUUUCCCUCUUUCACCCAUAUUUGCCGAUAUCGACAACGACGACUGUAUAUAUGCGAACUCAGCCCCGUGAUGAACGACCAUGACUACUCGAGGAGCUCGUCGAGCUCGAGCAGCAGCAGGAACGGUAACGGCGCCACAAUUACAUCCCAUUACACUUCACCCCGUGCUUCCUCUUCUUCACCCCGUGCUUCUACCUCAACGACGACCAAGCAAAUAUUCUCUCCUGACGAUCCUACACUCCGGUGCAUAUGUGAGCUGCCGCAUGAUGAUGGGUUCGGGUUUAGCAUUGGCUGUGAGGACUUACUUAGAUGGUGCCAUGCCGCAUGCUUUGGGAUUUACGCCGGAGUCAACGAGCCCGACGAGUGGCGCUGCUGGGUGUGCAAGGGUGAAGGCGGGAGCAGGCGACGAGGGGACGAAGUCGACGAAGAGGAAGAACGUCAGACAUACGUUCGUAUCGAGCAGGAUAUCCUCCGACUGCAUUCCCCCAACCAUUCGCCUACGCCACAUUCCAGUCCCCCAGCGGCGUCGGACCCCCACCUUACAUACCUCUUGCAUUUACCUUCCCCGCCUGAUUCCGUCCUUCCGCCGACAUAUACAUUGCAUACCGCCCAGCGCGUCGGUCCAGGGACGUUUCUUAUUCCUUAUCUCUCAGUAGUCACAAGUGCGCGGUCGUACGUCGAGGAUCCGCUCAACGGGUAUGCAUAUGCACGAGUCCCGAGAGUAUUCGUCCAUCUCAUUCCUUCGCAUGACGACUCCGAUGAUUGUGGUGUGGCUCUCGAUGCGAGACUUGCGGGUAAUGCCGCCCGCUGGAUCCGCUCGGGCUGUUAUCCCAAUGCCGAAAUACAUGCAAACGAAGACGGCGGAUGGGGCGUGUAUGCUAUACAAGAGCUAAGCGCCGGAGAUGAGAUAGUCCUGGGAUGGGAAUGGGACGAUGCCCACCCCAUACAUGGCGGCGAGGAAGGGAAGGUCGAAGCUGUUGACGCCUUGGAAGGAGCCUUCAUGACUUGCGCAUGCGACGGCAGGAUGGGUUGUGCACUCGAAGCGAUGCGCAGAGGGGAUUGGAAGGCUGACAACCUGGGUCCGCUGGUCGGGAAACA